GUGAUGUGGCGGAGUGGUUGGAUAGUAGCACCGAAGAGGAGAAGAGCCUUCUGUCAUUUCUGGAUUAUCUAAUGUUAUCUAAGAAGCUGGAUUCCUAUAUGUCUGUCAGUUGAAGUGGAGAUGGGAAGCAGUUGUGAUAAAGAGGUGCCAGCAGAAAGGUCCCCCCGAAGACGGAGUAUCUCAGGGACCAGUACAUCAGAGAAACCCAACUCCAUGGACACUGCAAAUACCUCACCCUUCAAAGUACCAGGAUUCUUCAGCAAGCGCCUGAAAGGCUCCAUCAAGAGAACCAAAAGCCAGUCAAAGCUUGACAGAAACACAAGCUUUCGGCUUCCAUCCCUUCGCAAUACGGAUGACAGGUCUCGUGGGCUGCCUAAACUAAAAGAGUCACGUUCCCAUGAAUCCUUGCUGAGCCCGUGCAGCGCAGUAGAAUGUCUGGAUCUUGGUAGAGGAGAACCUGUAUCAGUGAAACCACUCCACAGUAGCAUCCUUGGACAAGACUUCUGCUUUGAGGUUACCUACUUAAGUGGAAGUAAAUGCUUCAGCUGUAACUCUGCUUCAGAGAGAGAUAAGUGGAUGGAAAACCUUCGCAGGACAGUUCAACCAAAUAAGGACAAUUGCAGACGAGCUGAAAAUGUUCUCCGUUUAUGGAUCAUUGAAGCCAAGGACCUUGCCCCUAAAAAGAAAUAUUUCUGUGAACUGUGCCUUGAUGAUACCCUCUUUGCUCGUACAACCAGCAAGACCAAAGCAGACAAUAUUUUCUGGGGCGAACAUUUUGAAUUCUACAGCCUUCCACCUCUUCAUAGCAUCACAGUUCACAUUUAUAAGGAUGUGGAAAAAAAGAAAAAAAAAGACAAGAAUAAUUACGUAGGGUUAGUCAACAUUCCCACUGCCAGUGUGACUGGUCGCCAAUUUGUAGAAAAGUGGUAUCCAGUGAGUACACCUACACCCAGCAAAGGAAAGACAGGAGGACCUUCUAUUCGGAUUAAAUCACGUUUCCAAACUAUCACCAUUCUGCCUAUGGAGCAAUACAAAGAAUUUGCAGAAUUUGUCACCAGCAACUACACCAUGCUGUGUUCUGUCCUUGAGCCAGUAAUUAGUGUGAGAAAUAAAGAGGAGUUGGCUUGUGCCUUAGUGCACAUUCUUCAAAGUACUGGCAGAGCCAAGGAUUUUCUGACUGACUUGGUGAUGUCGGAGGUGGAUCGUUGUGGAGAGCAUGACGUCUUGAUCUUCAGAGAGAACACCAUUGCCACCAAAUCCAUUGAGGAAUACCUCAAAUUGGUGGGACAACAGUAUCUUCAUGAUGCACUGGGGGAGUUCAUCAAAGCUUUGUAUGAGUCAGAUGAGAACUGUGAAGUAGAUCCCAGCAAAUGUUCAACUAGCGAACUGAUAGACCAUCAGAGUAACCUGAAAAUGUGCUGUGAGCUGGCUUUCUGCAAGAUCAUCAACUCUUACUGUGUUUUCCCUCGUGAGUUGAAAGAAGUGUUUGCAUCAUGGAAGCAGCAGUGUCUGAACCGUAGCAAGCAGGACAUCAGUGAGCGACUCAUUAGUGCCUCAUUGUUUCUCCGUUUUCUGUGUCCUGCCAUUAUGUCUCCCAGCCUUUUCAACCUUAUGCAGGAGUAUCCUGAUGACCGCACAUCCCGGACUCUAACUCUUAUUGCCAAAGUCAUUCAGAACCUGGCCAACUUUGCCAAGUUUGGUAACAAAGAGGAAUACAUGGCAUUCAUGAAUGAUUUUUUAGAACAUGAAUGGGGUGGAAUGAAGCGCUUUCUUUUGGAAAUCUCUAAUCCAGACACCAUCUCAAACACUCCAGGCUUUGAUGGUUACAUUGAUCUGGGUCGAGAGCUUUCAGUUUUGCAUUCCUUACUGUGGGAAGUAGUUUCCCAACUUGAUAAGGGUGAAAAUUCCUUCCUACAGGCAACCGUGGCAAAAUUGGGGCCUCUCCCUCGUGUUCUUGCUGAUAUCACCAAGUCUCUGACUAAUCCUACACCAAUACAACAGCAACUGAGACGCUUCACUGAGCAUAACUCCAGUCCAAAUGUCAGUGGAAGCCUCUCCUCUGGGCUGCAGAAAAUAUUUGAAGACCCCACUGACAGUGAUUUGCAUAAACUAAAAUCUCCAAGCCAGGACAACACAGACAGCUAUUUCAGAGGGAAAACAUUAUUGCUGGUUCAGCAAGCCUCUUCCCAGAGCAUGACUUAUUCUGAAAAAGAUGAAAAGGAAAGUAGCCUUCCUAAUGGUAGGAGCAUCUCCCUCAUGGACCUCCAGGACACUCAUGUUCCAGUGGAGCAUACAUCUGUCAUGCUUGAUGUGCCUAUGCGCUUGACUGGAAGCCAGCUUUCCAUAACCCAGGUGGCCAGCAUCAAACAAUUGCGGGAAACCCAGAGCACCCCCCAGAGUGCCCCCCAAGUGCGAAGGCCCCUGCACCCAGCCUUGAACCAACCAGGCAGCCUCCAGCCCUUGUCAUUCCAGAACCCUGUGUAUCACCUCAGUAAUCCAAUUCCAGCAAUGCCAAAGGCCUCUGUAGAUUCCAGUUUGGAGAACCUAAGCACUGCCAGUUCCAGAAGCCAAAGUAACAGUGAAGACUUCAAACUCAGUGGACCCAGCAAUAGCAGCAUGGAGGAUUUCACCAAACGUAGCACUCAGAGUGAGGACUUCUCCAGGCGGCACACUGUGCCAGACAGACACAUACCUCUUGCCCUGCCACGACAAAAUAGUGCUGGGCAGGCCCAAAUCCGAAAAAUGGACCAGGCUGGGUUAGGUGCCCGAGCCAAAGCCCCGCCAUCCCUGCCACACAGUGCUUCCUUACGUAGCACCGGGAGCAUGUCAGUGGCGUCUGCAGCCCUGGUGGCCGAACCUGUGCAGAAUGGGAGCCGGUCCCGGCAGCAGUCCUCUUCUUCCAGAGAGAGCCCUGUUCCCAAAGUGAGAGCAAUUCAGAGACAACAAACACAGCAGGUUCAGUCACCUGUGGACUCUGCCACAAUGUCUCCAGUAGAGAGGACAGCAGCCUGGGUACUGAACAAUGGGCAAUAUGAAGAGGAUGUGGAAGAAACUGAGCAAAAUCAAGAUGAAGCCAAGCAUGCUGAAAAGUAUGAACAAGAAAUUACUAAACUGAAGGAGCGCCUGAGAGUGUCCAGCCGGCGGCUGGAGGAGUAUGAACGCCGGUUGCUGGUGCAGGAGCAGCAGAUGCAGAAGCUGCUGCUGGAAUACAAGGCCCGGCUGGAGGACAGCGAGGAGCGGCUCCGCAGACAGCAGGAAGAGAAAGACUGCCAGAUGAAAAGCAUCAUCAGCAGGCUAAUGGCUGUAGAAGAGGAAUUGAAGAAGGAUCAUGCUGAGAUGCAAGCAGUUAUUGAUGCAAAGCAGAAAAUAAUCGACGCACAGGUCAUAAAUGGAGAUGAAAUUAUUCAAACAGGCAAGUAA